UGACUCCAUGUGUAUAUCCUGGGAUUCUAUUGCCAAUAUCUAGCCAAGAUGCCAGGCAUUAAGGCUGGUAUAGGCCCUUACUCUGAUGAGGCUGCCCCUAAGGUGGCUAAUCAGGUAAGGUACCUUAUGCCAAUCGUUAGGCUACUGUUCAUCUUGGUAGCAAUCCUAGGCUUCGGCUUCUGUAUGGCAAUGUUGCUGAUGGCUACUGUAGAAGCCAUAGAGAUACAGGCCCUGAAGACAGGAGAGUACAAGCUCAAAAACGCUGACAUGACGGCCCUGAGCAUAGCUAUUUGCCUGAGUCAUCUAGCGCUACACUUUUUAGGCUACCAAUGCAGGUUCAUGAAGCUACACUGGACUUCCUGGGACAGUGGGCUGUUCAUACUAGGCUUUGCGGUAGUCAUCUCGGCGUUCUUUGCAGUGUUUAUCGUGGUGAUGCCAGAUGAUGGGAUAAAGAUAACAGAGGACACUAACAAAAAAAGCUAUCGUGCCUAUGGAGCAAUGGGAUUCACUGCCCUUGAGUUACUGGCAAUGUUUGGUUUCAUUAUAUGUGCUAUGAAGACACAUUGCUUCGGUGGCUGCAUGACACUUAACAAGAAAGUGUUCUAUACAUUUGCUUUUAUAUACAUGCUAGUAUUUGCCGCCCAUGCGUAUACACUAUAUGAGUUAAAGGAAAAGAAUGGUGAAUACGGAAAAGAUAAUAAAACCUGGCAUCACCAUAGGUUCAUGGCAGCGGCUAACUACAUCUUCGUGAUUGGACUGUGUAUCAGUGCAUACCAGGUAAACUUAUGUUGUAUGUCGUUUACUAAAUGCGAUGCUGUCUUCAUAUUCCUGACUGGCACUGUCGUAGGCAUACUGAUAACAGUAUGUCUCUCAAUGUUCCCAGAGAUUAACACCCAGCAAUGGACCCUCGUAGGCCUUAUCGGUAUGCUCUAUAUACUUACGGUUGCACUGUUUUUGUACAUACACGCCAAGAGGCCGCUGUGCAAGUACUAUAAUCCAGAUGUGAUAACUUUCGGGAUAUUCACGUUACUGUUUGUGUUAUUGGUAUCCACCUUGAUAGCCCUGGGGGCGGUGCAUCAUGGUCAUAUAAAAGCAAUCGCAUUCGAGCUUAAAAGCAUUGCCCCAAUAGCCAUAUUCGUGUACGGCUUCGUGGUAUUUGUGAUGAUGUUAGUGUUCGGUUUCAAGGGCAAUGCCAUCAAGGUUAUCAAGGGGCUCAUCAAGCAGACGCGUGACGAACGACUCGUUAAGAACGCCCAUGAGCUAGAUAUAGGACCACUGUACGACCCAGGAGUUGAAACACCGGGUAGUGAAUGUAACCUUCGUGGACCGGAGUCAUCAGGAGGUGUCUUCCGCGAUUCGUGGUUACACCCAGCAAUGUAGUUAGUUAUACUAUCGGGACUGUGUCCUGGAAUUUGAAAAUAUAUAGACUAAAGGUCGCCAACUUAUGCAGUUAACAUGGACA